ACUAGCGCCGUUUUCCAAUACUGCAUCUCUUUUUUUUUUUCUUCUUCCUUCUUCUCUUGUCUUUGUCUUUGGUCUUUUUGUCUUCUCAUUAUUGCAUGCAAACAACAGAACGACGAUGAAGGAUCCAAAACGACUCUCGCCGCGGCGGAUCACUUUUCGGCGAGUUGUCGGCGAUUCAGACGGUACCAUCACGAGCUUCAAGAAUGCUCGCCGGAGGAGGCUCAGAAUCCGGCGAAUGAAGUACACCUGCGAAGCCAAGAUCCACGUCGAGAAUGGAGGUUCCCCGGCGGCGGAUGCUGAUGCGGUGGUUGUUGAUUCUGACAGCAAGCGGAGUGAGAUUCACGAAUCCAUGGAAAUAUCGCUGUCGCUGUCGUCAACGUCAUCUGAGGAGGAGGAUCGGCCGUCGGUGGGGGAAAACUCCGGUGGCGUAUUGUCUUACGGUUCGGUGUCGGUUAUCGGGAACAGGAAGGAGAUGGAGGAUGCGGUGAGCGUGGAGAUAGGCUUUGUUGGAAAGGAGAAUUCGAAGUGCGACUUCUUCGCGGUGUUUGAUGGCCACGGCGGAGCUCAGGUGGCGCAGGUGUGCCGGGAGCGGCUGCACCGGCUGGUGGCGGAGGAGGUAGAGAGGAGAAAUGAGAAGGUCGAGUGGGAUUGGGAGGGUGUGAUGGAAGGCUGUUUCCGUAAAAUGGACGGAGAGGUUGCGGGAAAUGCGGCGGUGAGAACGGUGGGUUCUACGGCGGUUGUAGCCGUCGUGGCGACGGAGGAAGUCGUCGUCGCAAAUUGCGGUGAUUGUAGGGCCGUGUUGGGAAGAGAUGGCGAGGCCGUCGAUUUGUCUAGUGAUCAUAAGCCCGACAGGCCUGAUGAGUUGAUGCGAAUCGAAGAGGCUGGUGGAAGGGUCAUAAACUGGAAUGGCCAGCGCGUUCUAGGUGUUCUUGCCACUUCGCGAUCUAUAGGGGACCAAUACCUUAGGCCAUAUGUAAUAUCAAAACCAGAAGUCACUGUGACAAAGCGAACCAACAAAGAUGAAUUCCUUAUACUAGCAAGUGAUGGCUUGUGGGAUGUGAUCUCCAGCGAAGCAGCGUGCCAGGUUGUAAGGAGAAGCCUCAACGGCCAGAUUAAGAGAGUUUCCAAUGGAGUUGGGAGGCAAAGCCGUGCCACCGAGGCUGCGGCACUCUUGGUUGAGAUAGCAAUGGCAAAGGGAAGCAGAGAUAACACCAGUGUUAUCGUUGUCGAGCUAAGCAGAACAUCUUCGUCCGGCUGAUCCCUCAAUUUUAUUUUACUUUUUUCGUUCCGACUUAGUAACGUGAUAAAGUGAAGAUGGUUCUCUCCUUUUAUCAUUUUGCUGACUUCCUCCGUGAGGAUCCAAAUCCUCCUCCUUUAAUGAAAUCGGAGCAGCAAAGACAUGUGAUGUGUUGUUUAAUGAAUCAAGCCAUAUCCAUGAAGUUGGUCGCUGUUAAUGCCAUGAGAGGUUGUGUAAUAAUUGAUGUGACAUGUGAGUGUGUAGAAUCAGAAAAUUGAGCUACAAUCGUGUAAUGUCUUCUUAGCUCAAUUCUUCGAUAGUGAUGGUGGCCUAGCUAGGAGUUAACAAUCUUGUGUAAAAAUUAACAAAUAGUUUGUUAUCUCUUGUGGCAAGCUUGCACGUUUCUUAACAUUAUUUCUGCUGGUAUAUAGUACUAUGCAAUUCUUUCCUUAUUUAAUUUCCGUCGCUUUGAGAAGGCGAUUUCAAAAUAGGUGGCUAAUGU